AGGUGGGUGUGUAAAGUCCUGCAUCACUUCCUAGUGUUAAAGUCAGACCAUCAUCAGCUCAAGUUCCACUCCGGAGACACCUACUUCCAUGCUACCAUCAGCAUUGUGGUACAGUCAAACACACAGAGACAGGAAACACUAGAUCUUGUCGGUGUAGAUAAUGUUCAUGACAAUCCCGAUGUUGAUCAUGAUGGUGAUAGUAAUGCUGAUGCAACAGAACUGCUCCGUUAUGUUGUAGAGAAUAUUGUCAUCCCCACAGGAGAUCUGAACAUUCAAGAUGACAAGGGAAAUACAGUACUGCACCACCUGGCAACUUUAGAAGUAAACAAUGAAAAUAACUCACUGACAUUUUGACAGACUACUGACAUUUUGACAGACUACUGACAUUUUGACAGACUACUGACAUAUCUUCUGUCAAUUAAAAAAAAAAAAAUAAUUUUUAGCUUUCAUGUAAUGACUACUAUUUGAAAGUUUUUUUGUUUUUUUCUAAUUCCAAAAUAGCGCCUAACUUUUUUUUUAUCCAUUCUUUAUUGUCCUUUAACUUAAGUUAAAACAUUAAUUACUGGUGAAGGAUUAUUAAGCUCCUUUAAAUACUACUUUUAGAUUACUAUUACAAUUAAAACAAAUGUUUGUUUUUUUCUGUUUUGUGUUUUAAAAUCAACUGUAAUUAUAGGUUUUUGCAGUGAGAGGCCAUCCAUAAAUGAUUUCAUGUAUCCAACAAGGGGCUNAAAGGGGGGGGGGGGGGGGGGGGGGGGGGGGUUUGUAUAAUGAUAUGUUAUCAGGGUGUCUAAAUUUGGUGACAGGUUUGUGAUGAUUAAUGGAGUGGGGUGGAGGAGGGUGUCAAAAAUCUGUCAAAAUAGUGUGAAACAUAUUAAAAAUAUAAAUAUUUAAUUUCAGAAAUGUUCCAUGUGUUAAUUUUUUUUUCUUUUAUACUAAAGACAUAUCCAAUAUCUGUACUGAGCUACAUCCUGAGCAAGGACGUAGACUGUUUGAAAGUAAACAAUGUUGGUAAAACUGCACUGGACCUUACCAACCAAUCUGAUAAAAGGAAUUUAUUAUUUGGGAAAGGUAGGCUCUAUUUUUUGGUUAAUUUUAAUUUAUGCUUGUCUUGAACAAUACCAGUGAGAUGAAAUGCCAUGACUUAUUUUAUGCAAUUGUGACAUAGUGACAGGAAUAAUACUUUGAGAAAAAAUAACAUGACAUGUUAAAAGUAAUUGUGAUACAGUUACAAUAUGAUAUAUAUGAAACAAUAAUAUGAAUAAUUGCUCUUUUUUUUUAAUUGAAGCAAUGACAGAGGAUGAUUCUAAGACACUUGCAAAGAUUGCCAGAUUAAAAACAAAUGGUAACCAUUGUUUCUGCAGGGAAGAUUUUCAUGGUGCCAUAAAGGAGUACACAAUAGGAAUUCAGAUGCUUGAAAUUGCUCGGUCAGAAAAUGAAGGUGAGACGUGAGAACUUUACUUAGAUCUUAGGGUCAGUUGCUAGUAGUCAAUGAAAGCUGCUAGAGGACAGCAGCUACCGAUAGACAUAGACAGGUAAAAGUGGAUGGCAUAUUGCAAGUGGACAUUGACAUCUACAAGUGGAUGACACUUAUAAGAAUAAUGACAACUUCAAGUGGAUGACACUUAAAAGAAUAAUGACAACUUCAAGUGGAUGACACAAAUAAGAGUAAUGUCAGCUUCAAGCGGAUGAAAUCUACAAUUAGACAAUGACAUCUACAGCUGGAUGACAUCUAAAAUUGGACAAUGACAGCUACUAGUGGAUGGCAGCUAUUGGUUGACAAUGUAAGCUAAAAGAGCAACAAGUAGACACCCACACUGUCAGUAAUUGGUUGACAAUGACAGCUAAUCCCUUACAGACAGAAGAGUUCUCUGUGUAAAUAAUAAGUAAGUUUUGUUUGUUUUUUGACAUUCACCGGCACCAGAGCAGUUUUAAAUAGACCUCUGGUAUAAGUAGAUGUGCUUGUUUGCAGGAAACACUCAGUUUUACAAGUGGGACAAAAGUCUCGCCCAGCUCCAUGGUAAACGCUCAGAAUGUUGGUUCAAGUUGGCAGAACUGAUGCAAUGCCUGGAAGAUGCCAAGAGAAAUGUUGACUAUCAUCCUGAGGGGUACAAGGUAAUAGGAUGAGGCUUACAUAACUCAGGCUUUAUCUAACUGAGGUUUUAUAUUAAUCAGUUUUUAGGUUUUAUAUAAUGUGUGGCAAUGUGCCACUUUUUGUAACUUUUAUGUUUCAUUUUUAUAUGUGGCUGGGUGCCACCUAUGUUUGCAGGGUACCACCUAUGGGCAUGCUCCUGUGGCACAAUGUUAACCGUGUUCACAACCACUGAGCUGGGCAUACCUGUCCCAUGAGGCACGGGUGAACAGCUCAUGACGUCGAUGGCACAGUAGCUAGAUAAGGCAGUGGAAUUUAAACCCGCGCCUUCUGUUUUUCUGAGCUGUGAUCAAGUAAUCAGCCCUGGCUGAGUUUGUAGAUUGAUAUUGUUUAUUGUGUGUGAAAACGGUUACACAUUCGAGUCUGUUGACAAGUGAGACAUUUGACAGUCUGUUUAAAGGAUUGUACCUAAGAAUAAAAGCUAUAGUUCUCAGACCUGCAUUUCAUUGUUUGUGUACUUAUACUGUAAGCCACGCCACCUUCCGGGUACACAUGUUUGAUGGAGGAAUGAAUAUCAUUUUGUCCUUCUACUUGACAUGGUCUUACAGAUGAUACUGUCCUACUUUUUAUUUCCAAGAGGCUCCUGAUUUCUAAAGGAAGGUCAAAUUUUAUUUUAUCGGCCUUUGCCCUUAUUUAAUAAGCAGUCCUCCCCAUAUUCAUAUGCAGCAUAGGUCGGGGGGGUGGGGGGGUCGUGUGUCAUUAUUGAUCAGUGUUGUAAAUUAAUUCAUCGGUAUAUAAUUUUUUUCAUCAGGGUCAUUAUCGUGUCGCUGAAGCCUACAAAGAGCUGGGGCAGUUCAAGGAGGCUGUGAAUGCGUUUGUCAAAGCCUAUAACAGACUGACAUCCUCGGAUGGGGAGGAUCUGGACAAAAAAAUAUUAAAAGACUUGAUAGAGACAGCAUUUGUUACAGGUAAGUGCAGUGAGUCAAAAAAUGGUUUUGUUAGAUUGCAAAUUUUUAUUAUUUACACAGACACAACUUUUUUACCUAUGAUGUAUUACACAUGUGAGGCAGGCAAAAGCCCUACAUGGGCUAUAGCAUCACAGGGAUGGAUAUCCAAGGCAUAAGAUUAACUCCACAACUAAAGUAGUUUUCUGCUUUCCUUCUCAGAGUCACAGCAAGCUGAUUCUCUCCAGACAGAACUCAAUAAAGUACCUGCCACUCUCAAGGCACAUAUCAUUAAUAGCUACCUAGAAAAAAAAGAUUGGAAUAUUGUAGAGUUCAUUGUGACUAGAGUGUUGAAAAUAACAGACAGUGAUCUCAGGAGACCUACCUUGUCAAAAACUUCAAAGUGGAUUGUGAACUUAGUGCAUUUCUGUGAAAAAGAUCUUUUGAGCAAACACUGGUGAGAUAUUUAGUUAAAUAGUAUCAGAUAGUGAUAGCAGGUUAUUAAUUUAGUUCCUUACAAUAUUAUUUAUUCUUAAAAUAAUUGUAAUUAUUUAUUCUGACAUUAAUCAUACUUAUUUAUUCUUACAUUGGUUAUACUUAUUUAUUCUUACAUUAAUUAAGCAUUUGUAUCAAAUCAUUUGAAUCUAAUAAUUUCUUUCACCCUAAAAAUUGUAAUUAACAAAAAAUUAUGAAAAUUUAUUCAUUCCUUACAUCCAAUAAUGUCUUUCAACUAAUCAUUCCUUCAAUCAUGCCUUACAUGCAAUCAUUAUCUACAUCCAAUCAUUCCUUACAUCAAUUAUUCCCUACAUCAAAUCAUUGCCUACAUCUAAUCAUUCCUUACAUGCAAUCAUAUGUUACAUUUAAUGAUUCCUUACAUUCAAUCAUUCCUUACAUACAAAAAUUCCCUACAUUCAAUCAUAUCUUACAUCAAAUCAUUCCUGACACUGAAUUGAACCUCACUCAGGUGGGUGUGUAAAGUCCUGCAUCACUUCCUAGUGUUAAAGUCAGACCAUCAUCAACUCAAGUUCCACCCCGGAGACACCUACUUCCAUGCCACCAUCAGCAUUGUGGUACAGUCAAACACACAGAAACAUGAAACACUAGAUCUUGUUGGUGUGGAUAAUGUUCAUGACAAUCCUGAUGUUGAUCACGAUGGUGAUAGUAAUGCAGAUGCAACAGAACUGCUCCGUUAUGUUGUGGAGAAUAUUGUCAUCCCCAAUGGAGAUCUGAACAUUCAAGAUGACAAGGGAAAUACAGUGCUGCACCACCUGGCAACUUAUGAAGUAAACUAUGAAUCUAACUCACUGUCUUCUGACAUUUUGACAGACUACUGACAUAUUUUCAGUGACUUUUUUUAAAUUUAACUUUCAUUUAUUAAAGUUCUGUUAUUUUUGCUUCUAAUUUCAAAGUAGCGGCUAAUUUUUUUUCUCCCAUUCUUUAUUGUCUAUAAUUAAAACAUCAUUAAGGGUGAAGGAUUCUUGAGCUUCUUAAAAUAGUACAUAUAGAUUACCGUGACAGUUAAAACUAACUUUUUCUUUCUUUUUGUGUUGUUAAAAUUGAAAACUAAUUAUAAUUAUAGGUCUUUGUAGUUCCAGGCCAUCCAGACUUAAUUUUUUAAAUAUCCAAAAAAGGGUGUUGGUGGGUCAUGAAUUUGUUAUGAUUAUGUUAUCAGGAUGUCUAAAUUUGGUGAUAAGUUUUUAACGGUUUGUGUGAGGGCUGGAGGGUGUCAAAAAUCUGCCAAAAUAGUGCAAACCAUAGUAACAAUAUAAAUAUUGAAUAUCAUAAUUUUUUUCCUUUUUAAUAAGUUAAUAAUUUUUCCUUUACAACUACAGACAUAUCCAAUAUCUGUACUGACCUAUGUCCUUAGCAAGGAUGUAGACUUUUUGAAAGUUAACAAGGAUGGUAAAACUGCACUGGACUUAACCAAUCAAUCUGAUAAGAGGAAUUUAUUAUUUGGGAAAGGUAUGCCCCAUUUUUUAUUUUUUUUUUAUUUUAAUUUAUGCUUGUCUUAAACAAUACCAGUGAGAUAAAAGGACAUGACAUAUUUUAAGUAAUUGUGACAUAUUGACAGCAAUACAGUCAGAAAAUGUUUUUCAUGCUGUAUUCUUUUCUAUUCUAUAUGUAAAGUGUUGACAUUUAUUUUUAUUUACAGUGGUAGCUCAGCUUGUAGCAUGCAUUGACAAACACAAACAUGUAAAAAAUGUCAAAGAGAAGAAAAAAUUGAAAGAAAAAAGUAUCCAAGCAUUAACCAGCUUGUUGCCUUGCCAUGUCAACCCAGGUAAGUUGAUUGUGAAAGAAAACUGGUGGUUUUUGUGAAAGAAAACUGGUGGUUUUAAUGAAAGAAAACUGGUGGUUUUUGAAGUUUGUAUUUUUUUAAAAAUAUUUUAUUGUUGUUUGUAUUAUUUAAUAGAGGGAUUAGUGUUUGUUUAGGCAUUUAAAUGUUAGAGUUUCAUCUUAACUUUAAUUUUUGACCUACUUAAUAUUUUUUUGGUUUUUAGUAAAUUAACUAAUCUGUAGUAGGUUCCAGUUGGUUAUCUGUGGUCUUUAUAUAUUUCACGCUGCCAGUCAUUCCAAAAGAACUUUUAAAAAUAAGUGCUGACAGCUGUAAGGAUCUGCUGACGAGUUUUGCUGAUGCUGGCAAAUGGCUGGUGCUGAAAGAACUGGUCAUUCAGUUUCAACAAGCCAAAGGGGGAACUACCCUGCCCACCUUUGCUAAAGAAAUGUCAUUGACACGAGUGGUGGAGGCACCCGUUCAAGAAAUGAUGGAGUCAGACAAAAUUGAUGUGGUCCGGUUUUUGGUCAAUCAUGAAGCAAGUGUGGAUUCACCAGGGGCCAUUGAAGCAAGCAUUCAAAAUGAAGAAUGGAAGGUACGGUUUCAUUUAUGAAAACCUUUUCAUUGAAAUGAUUUUUUUCUUGAUAUCAGUCCCAUGCAGUUAGCCACAACCUUUUCAACACUAGGCCUCCCCUGUAAAUUAUUAGACAUGUCUCGCACCCCUCCAGAAAAAUAACAAUACAUUUUAAAAUAAUGGACUUAUAAUUUAUUUAUUGAAUUGCAAAGAGCACUGCACAACUUGGAAAAUAUUCUUGUGAUUUAUUACAUAUAGCAGGAAAAAUACAUAGACAUUUAUAUCAUAAUUUAAAAGUUAAAGUUUUCCCUGUUUUUAUAAUCCUCUUUACCUUUCCUCAAACACCCUGAAAUACCUUCUCAAAUACCCUGUGGUGCAAGCAUAAAAAGGUUGGGAAACUCUGACCGAAAAUUUGCACUCUCUUUCUCUAAAAUCAUCCUCAAUAUGUUUUCCUCAUCAGACUCAUCACUCAAACACUCAAUUUCUAGUUUUCCUCAUCAGACUCAUCUCUCAAACACUCAAUUUCUAGUUUUCCUCAUCAGACUCAUCUCUCAAACACUCAAUUUCUAGUUUUCCUCAUCAGACUCAUCUCUCAAAUACUCAACUUCUAUGUCUUCCUCAUCUGUUAAACAUUCAACUUCUGUUUUCCUUUUCUCCAAGAAAAACUCCAGAUUUUCUUUUGGUUAUCUGGGAAUCUUGCUCAUUAAGUUUUAAAAUUUUUCAUACAAUUUAAUAAAUUCAAAUGAUGUAAUAUUCCAAGCAAUGUAAAUUCACCACUUGGAAGAACUUCCCAACUUGUCUCGAUGUACUAUUCAUUUAUUUAAUGAAUUAACUUUCUUUCACCGUCACUUUACUCAUAUUUUAAUUGUUAAUUGCAGAUCUAUUUAAAAAUCAUUAUUGAGUAUCAUAAUACUUUAGUUACAAAUUUGGGUUAAUUUUUAUUUUUAAAGUUUUUUAAAUAAAAUAUUAACCCUUGAUCAGCUAACCAUGGAACUGUUAGACCUGGGGGUGAACCCUGAUGGAGUGACCCUUCGACCCGGGGACACACCAUAUCAUGCAGCGUUGGAUUUGGC